GGAGCAGGAUGCGAGGAAAGCCCUCCGCCCCUCCUCUCCUCACUCUCCGCUCGGCCUCGGGUCCCUGCCCUGCAGGAGAACCUCUUCCCCGCCCGACCGUGAGUCCCCGUGCGCGGGGUCUACCCCUCCCAGCCGCGCGGGUAGAAACUGCAGGGUGACCUGAGACCUUCGUGCCAGCGGCCUUGAGAAUUCCCUGCCAACCAGAGCUCAGCUUCUCAGCCCGCACCUCCUAAGCCAGCUGACUACCCCACACCCUCCAGCUGCGCCCCCUCCUCUGACGUCACCGACCUGAUCCCGAAGAAACCAACAGAGCCAUGGCGACUCCGUCUGCUGCCUUUGAGGCCCUUAUGAGUGGAGUGACAAGCUGGGAUGUCCCGGAAGAUGCCAUCCCAUGUGAACUGCUGCUUAUUGGCGAGGCCUCCUUUCCUGUGAUGGUGAAUGACAUGGGCCAGGUGCUCAUUGCUGCCUCGUCCUAUGGCCGAGGCCGCCUGGUGGUCCUAGCCCACGAGGACUACUUGGUGGAAGCCCAGCUCACUCCCUUUCUCCUUAAUGCCGUGGGCUGGCUUUGCUCCUCCCCUGGAGCUCUCAUUGGUAUACACCCAUCCCUGGCUCCUUUGGCCAAAAUUCUUGAGGGUGCUGGAGUGGAGGCCAAGAUUGAGCCGGAAGUGAAAGACUCCCUGGGGGUAUACUGCAUUGAUGCCUACAAUGAAACCAUGACUGAGAAACUAGUCACGUUUAUGAAACGUGGAGGGGGCUUGCUUAUAGGAGGCCAAGCCUGGGAUUGGGCCAACCAGGGCGAUGACGAAAGGGUUCUGUUCACGUUCCCUGGGAACCUUGUGACCAGCGUGGCUGGUGUGUACUUCACUGACAACAAAGGAGACACAAGUUUCUUCAAAGUGUCCAAGAAGAUGCCCAAGAUUCCAGUCUUAGUUAGUUGUGAAGAUGACCUCUCCGAGGACAGAGAGGAGCUCCUGCAUGGGAUCUCAGAGCUGGACAUCAGCAACUCGGAUUGUUUCCCAUCUCAGCUGCUAGUGCACGGGGCGUUAGCCUUUCCUCUGGGGUUAGACACCUACCAUGGCUGUGUUAUAGCGGCCGCCCGCUAUGGCCGGGGCCGAGUGGUUGUGACUGGCCACAAGGUAUUAUUCAGCGUUGGCAAACUGGGCCCCUUCCUGCUCAAUGCUGUCCGCUGGCUGGAUGGGGGCCGCAGAGGCAAGAUCGUGGUGCAGACAGAGCUGAGGACGCUGAGUGGCCUGCUUGCAGUGGGGGGCAUAGACACCAGCGUGGAGCCCCACCUUACCAGUGAUGCCAGUGUCUAUUGCUUUGAGCCUGUUAGUGAAGUGGGGGUCAAAGAGCUGCAGGAGUUUGUAGCAGAGGGUGGUGGGCUAUUUGUUGGAGCCCAAGCCUGGUGGUGGGCCUUCAAGAACCCAGGAGUGUCCCCCUUGGCUAGAUUCCCAGGAAACCUCCUCCUCAACCCCUUUGGCAUCAGCAUCACAAGCCAAAGCCUUAAUCCAGGGCCCUUUCGCACUCCUAAAGCAGGGAUAAGGACCUAUCACUUCCGAUCCACCCUGGCUGAGUUCCAGGUUAUAAUGGGCAGGAAGAGAGGCAACGUGGAAAAGGGCUGGUUGGCAAAGCUGGGACCUGACGGCGCAGCGUUCCUGCAGAUCCCCGCAGAAGAGAUCCCUGCCUACAUGUCUGUGCACCGCCUCCUGAGGAAGCUGCUGAGUCGAUAUCGGCUCCCAGUAGCCACCCGGGAGAACCCUGUUAUUAAUGACUGCUGCAGGGGUGCUAUGCUUUCCCUGGCCACGGGCCUGGCCCACUCGGGAAGUGACCUUUCUCUGUUAGUCCCAGAAAUUGAAGAUAUAUACAGCAGCCCCUACCUGCGUCCCUCAGAGUCUCCUAUCACCGUCGAGGUCAACUGCACCAAUCCAGGCACCAGGUAUUGCUGGAUGAGUACCGGGCUCUACAUACCUGGAAGGCAGAUUAUAGAAGUGUCACUGCCGGAAGCUGCUGCCUCUGCUGACCUGAAGAUCCAGAUCGGCUGCCACACGGACGACCUGACGAGAGCCAGCAAGCUGUUCCGAGGCCCACUCGUGAUUAACCGGUGCUGCUUGGACAAGCCCACGAAGUCCAUCACCUGCCUCUGGGGUGGCCUUCUGUACAUCAUUGUGCCUCAGAGCAGCAAACUGGGCUCGGUGCCCAUCACUGUGAAGGGGGCUGUGCAUGCCCCGUACUACAAGCUGGGGGAGACAUCCCAGGAGGAGUGGAAGAGGCGUAUCCAGGAGAACCCAGGUCCUUGGGGAGAGCUGGCUACAGACAACAUCAUCCUGACAGUGCCAACUGCAAACCUUCGUACUUUGGAGAACCCUGAGCCACUGCUCCGCCUCUGGGAUGAGGUGAUGCAGGCCGUGGCACGCCUGGGAGCUGAGCCCUUCCCGCUGCGCCUGCCCCAGAGGAUUGUUGCAGACGUGCAGAUCUCCGUCGGCUGGAUGCACGCAGGGUAUCCUAUCAUGUGCCAUCUGGAGUCAGUGCAGGAGCUCAUCAAUGAGAAGCUCAUCAGAACCAAGGGCCUGUGGGGCCCUGUCCAUGAGCUGGGCCGCAACCAGCAGAGACAGGAGUGGGAGUUCCCACCACACACCACUGAGGCCACCUGCAACCUCUGGUGUGUUUAUGUGCACGAAACGGUCUUGGGCAUUCCUCGAGGCCGUGCCAAUAUUGCUCUGUGGCCCCCAGUUCGGGAGAAGAGAGUUAGAAUCUACCUGAGCAAGGGUCCUAAUGUGAAAAACUGGAAUGCUUGGACCGCACUGGAAACAUACUUACAGCUACAGGAGGCCUUUGGUUGGGAGCCAUUCAUCCGUCUCUUCACUGAGUAUAGGAACCAGACCAACUUGCCCACAGAUAACGUCGACAAAAUGAAUCUGUGGGUCAAGAUGUUCUCCCACCAAGUGCAGAAGAAUCUGGCUCCAUUCUUUGAGGCCUGGGCCUGGCCUAUCCAGAAGGAAGUGGCUACCAGCCUGGCCUAUCUGCCUGAAUGGAAGGAAAAUAUUAUGAAAUUAUACCUUCUCACACAGAUGUAAGGAGUGCCCAUCAAGGUGGCAGGUAGAAAGGUUUGGGGAGGCCCCACUGAAAUUGAAGUGAAGAAAUUCAAAAGGGAAUCUGCAAAGAAAACCGAAGGUAUUUGGUUAUAAGUGGAAGACCUCAACACAUUUCUGGAAGAGAGAAAGUGGAUGAAGCAUCAUGAAGGAAAGAGAGAAGGUACCUUUCAGACGGAAUAUAAGCUGAUCUGAACAACAUAACCCCAAAGACACUUGGGCAUCUGAAAGUCUAUUUACUAAAAUAUACCAGUUGUAAAAUUGAACCCCAUCUUAUUCUAUUCCCACCCUGUGCACAAGCCACAGGCAGCCUAUUAUUGGCACCAGUCCAAAAAUUAUUGUCCUUGUUGUUGUUGUUGUUUGUAUAAAGAAAUUGAAUAAACUGAUUGAGGAGAGGUAAGAGUUGGUGCUCCAGAAUACAAUUUCUCUUUUUGUAGAAACAAGUGCUUCCUGGGAUCAACAGGUGGUAUAGUGGUUAAGGUGUUGGACUCACAAAUGGCUGACUAUAGUUUGAGUCAACCU